AUUGUCGCCAUCGGACGGUUCCAGCAAAUGUCAGCGCAGUGAGCGGAGUGCUAUUGACCCAAUCAAGGACAAGCGCUGGUCGGCCAGAACUGGUCCGUGCAUGGUUGGCGCGUCGCUCUGCCGCCUGGCAACUCCCAACCAAGCUCGAGCAGCUUCCACAUUGCACCUGAACUUAACGAAGGGAAAGCACAUCACAGCCCCCAGCAUCACGAUCCAAAUUUUGUUGCGCGCCUUGCGACACUUACUGCCGUACAAAUCACGACACCUCGCAGCGCAGAAUUAGACUCAGGCGACUUAUCCAAUCGCCGCGCUCCCGCCGGGGUCGCAGCACGUCGGCACCAUGGGUCAGAAUCAGUCGGGUAUGGGCGGAGGCCAGGAUGGGAGAGAUGAAAAGGACAAGAAGAAGGACAAGCCCAAGUAUGAGCCGCCCCCAAGACCUACCACCCGUAUUGGCCGUAAGAAGAAGAAGGCUGGCGGCUCUAGCGCUGCCGCAAAGCUGCCUCCUGUCUACCCAACCAGUCGAUGCAAGCUCCGGCUACUACGCAUGCAGCGCAUUCACGACCAUUUGCUGCUCGAGGAGGAAUAUGUCGAAAAUCAGGAGCGUCUCCGAAAGGCAAAGGCGGCAAAGGACAAUUCAGCCCCCGCCUCUGAGCUCGAUGCCGCCGACCGGAUGGCCGACGAGCGCGGCCGCGUCGACGACAUGCGGGGCAGCCCGAUGGGAGUCGGCACGCUCGAGGAAAUGAUCGACGACGACCAUGCUAUUGUCUCUAGCACCACAGGCCCCGAGUACUAUGUCAGCAUCAUGAGCUUUGUGGACAAGGAUUUGCUGGAGCCCGGUGCUAGCGUCCUCCUGCACCACAAGACUGUCAGCAUUGUCGGCGUGCUUACGGACGACACGGAUCCACUCGUGAGUGUCAUGAAGUUGGACAAGGCGCCUACCGAGUCAUAUGCGGAUAUCGGCGGUCUAGAGCAGCAGAUCCAGGAAGUGCGGGAAUCUGUCGAGUUGCCGCUGCUGCAUCCGGAGCUCUACGAGGAGAUGGGUAUCAAACCACCGAAGGGUGUUAUCCUCUACGGUGCGCCGGGCACUGGAAAGACGCUACUUGCCAAGGCCGUUGCGAAUCAGACCUCUGCUACCUUCCUGCGCAUCGUCGGCAGCGAGCUGAUCCAGAAGUAUCUUGGUGACGGCCCUCGGCUUGUCCGCCAAUUGUUUCAGGUUGCCGCCGAAAACGCUCCGUCCAUCGUAUUUAUCGACGAGAUUGAUGCUAUUGGCACCAAGCGGUACGACUCGACAUCGGGUGGUGAGCGUGAGGUGCAGCGAACCAUGCUGGAACUACUCAACCAGUUGGAUGGUUUUGACGACCGCGGAGAUGUCAAGGUUAUCAUGGCUACCAACAAGAUCGAGACGCUCGACCCUGCCCUUAUCCGUCCGGGGCGGAUCGACCGUAAGAUUCUGUUUGAGAACCCAGACCAAAACACAAAGCGCAAGAUUUUUGCGCUGCACACCAGCAAGAUGUCCCUCAACGAGGAUGUUGACCUAGAGGAGUUCAUCGCUCAAAAGGACGACCUGUCCGGCGCGGACAUCAAGGCGAUAUGCUCCGAGGCCGGUCUUAUGGCGCUGCGGGAGCGCCGGAUGCGGGUUCAAAUGGCCGACUUCCGCGCAGCUCGGGAAAGGGUGCUGCGGACAAAACAAGAAGGCGAGCCAGAGGGCUUGUACCUGUAGUAUCAUUGUGUAAGAUCAGCUAGGGUAGUCGAGGAUCCGGGCGAAAGCGGAGAAUGGCAAAUAGAAGCGCUUGGUCCACACUCAAAGUCAUCAAUGAUCACUCGCGAUUCCCUCCAUAGUGAACUAGACUGCAUUCGGUGUUGCCG